GACGGUCUCGUGUCUGACUCCAUCACCAGUGAAGCGUCGUCACGUGUUGCUGUUUUCUGGCUGGUACCGUUUGCUUUCAUAAUAACUAAUAUACUGGGCUCCUGUUUUGCAUUUUUUGGGCCAGCUUGUGAUCACAGAAUAUGAAGAUGGCCAAACUGAAACUUAAGAAGAAACCUAAAAUGAAUGACCUUUCAAUUUCCAAAAGGAAGAUCAAGAAGCAAAAAGCAGGUACCAUGAAGAAAGGUGUGUCAAAAAAGCCAGGAGCUGGCAAGAAGCAAUUGAAAACUAAAUUUAAGAAAUCUCCCCAUGCUCAGCAAUCAAAAUACACUAAUAAUGGACUCGAUUCAAAUAAUUUGCCUUUAAAAUUACAUCCGAGAGAUGCGUUACUUAAUGCAAGAUUUAGAAAAAAUUCAAAGGAUAUUGAAAGGUUCAAAAGUGCAUCCAAUCAGAAUAUCAGUGAAAUUUCUGACCCAACACAACUUGUUAAUCCAGACACUAUACGACAAGCCAUUAUUGGAAUUAGAAAACUAUCCUCUAAGCCACAGGAGGAAAAGAAGAAAAAAUUGCUGGAGGACAGUAGUGAAGAUGAAUCCUUUGUGUUCUUGCAAGUCACCCUAUGUAAAAUUCCAGCACCAGUCAUAGGCCAACAUGUGCCAAAAUUAUUAAGCAUUAAGGUGUAAGUAAAAAUUAGGCCU